AUGAGAACCUCGAUAACCUACUCACUCUUUUCCCUCCUUUCCUUUGCGGCCGCAUACACAGCGCCCGUCGGCCCCAACCCUCAAGGCAAUCCCUUCUCUAACCCAGGGCUCAACGAAAUUGUCCCCAAGGGCACCCCUUACAAAAUCAAGUGGAAUCCAACGUCUCCAGACAAUACAGUAUCGCUCAUACUUCUCCGUGGACCAUCAACCAACUGCGUGCCCCUCUACCCGAUUGUGGAGAAAACGAAAAAUUCGGGGGAGUAUGAGUGGACGCCAAAGGACGAUCUAGAAGUCGACUCGAGCCGCUAUGGAAUCCAAUUGAUCGAUGAAACGACUGGGUUCUAUCAGUACACGACACAGUUUGGAAUCGGUGAUAAAAAGGGAGACGAGCAAAAGAAAGAGGAGGAGAAGAAAAAGAUGCAACAAAAUACCACAAGUAUAGUUACGAUAACUACUACUGUAGUUCCAACUCCAGCUCCGACUAGUACCGAGACGGUUGCAUAUUUGUGUGAGUUGGAUGUCGAUGGCCAGUGUAUCUGGUAG